AUGGAAGCACUAGGAGUUAUCUCUAAUGACAUAACAUUCAUUGCAGUUCUUCAUGCUUGUAGCCAUGCCGGAUUGGUUCAAGAAGGAAAGAGGCUGUUUUGCAGAAUGGUUAAUGAAUUCAGUUUGGUCCCAAAGAUUGAACACUAUGGCUGUAUGGUAGACCUUCUCGGUCGAGCAGGAUCACUCAAAGAAGCUCAAGAACUAAUUAAGGACAUGCCUAUGAGGCCAAACUCGACCAUAUGGGGAUCUUUUCUUGCUACUUGCAAAGUUCACAAAAAUGUGAACCUUGCUGAAUGGGCUGCAAAACAGUUUCUAUCAUUAGAAUCCGAAAAAUGUGGAUACAAUCUCCUAAUGUCAAACAUCUAUGCUGCAUCAAACAGAUGGAAAAAUGUUGCUGAUAUAAGAAGAGCUAUGAAGGAUGCAGGGAUUCAUAAAGAACCAGGUUUCAGCUCCAUUGAAGUGCAUGGAACGAUUCAUGAAUUUGUAACGGGAGAUAGAGAACACCCAAAAACACCAAAGAUUUAUGAAAUGAUUGCUGGAUGA